UCUGAUUGCACAAGUCUAUGUUUCUAUGUAGCAAGUUUUCAUUCAGUGGCUAGCCCAGCAGAGGGCCCUUCUGUCAAGUAUUACAGAGAGAGCCACCAGGGUUGAUGGUGGGGAAGAACUGUGGACUCUCCUCCUCCGCCUCCUCUUCUCUAUAUCUCAUAGUCCCCAUCUGGACAGUCUGGAGAGAAACCUUCCAGCAGGCUCCCUAUUCAACAGAGAAAAAGUUAGACACACACACAAAGGAAAGGCAUUUAUUUAUUCCGUUUCAAAAUGACCUGCAGCAGGAGAAGCAGAAAGAAGUAACCAUCAAGCUGCCUGUAUUUUAUUCCUUUCCCACUUUUUAUUACAUCGCAAGGGGAGCCAGGCGCUUGUGGAUGUCAGCCUUUGAAACAGCCUUGAAAGGGGAUCUGGGGCUCCCCAGCAGAAGCUGUUGACGGCACCAGAGUGGUUGGCGGUUGGGGAUAUUCUUUGACUCAAGGAUGCAGUUCCUGAUCAACAGACCUCAUUGGGAUUCUUCCGGAAGCGACAAAACAUUGGCACAGAAGGCAGCUGUCACCUUGUGUGGGAUCCUAGCAGAGUAGAGGCAGAAGCAUCUUUCCUGGGGAGGGGGCGCCUCUAAAGAUUCCUCCUUUCCUGGACUGAUGAUUUCCAAGUUCACCAUGAAGCUGUUUCUGGUGAUCCUCCAGAUGGUUACAAAGGCUUUUCUGGCUGACUCUCACCCAGAUCAUGGCGGCUGUUCUUCCGGAAUGUUCCCAUGCGAAAACAUGACCGUUUGCUUACCUCAGCUUCUCCAUUGCAAUGGGGUGAUCAACUGUGACGACGGAGCCGACGAAGAGAACUGUGUGAAUGAUGUUGGGUGGCCCAAGAUUUUCAAUGAACUUCUCAGCAACAACGGCAGCAGCAGCAGCAGGACGAGUGAUGGAUCGAGAGUGGCCAACUGCACCCUAAAUCAGUACCCAGCUGGAUGUGGGUGUUCGGGGACCGCUGUGAACUGUCAGGAUCGGGGCCUGCGUACCGUACCCCAGGUCUCACCCAGCGUGACAGAGCUAGAUCUGAAGAAUAAUGAGAUCGUUUCCCUGCUGGACUAUCAGUUCAUUGCCUAUGAGCAACUGGAGUUACUCUUCUUACAAGAUAACAGGAUUCAGUCAAUAUCCGCCUCUGCAUUUGCUGGGCUUGUCAAGCUCAAGAAGCUGUAUCUCAAUUCCAACAACAUCACUCAUCUGAAGCCUCGCAUCUUCCACAACUUGUUUCAUCUCAAAUGGCUAAUCCUGGAGAACAACAACAUAACUGAAAUCCUUGCAACUGCUUUUGAGGGGCUGAAAUCGCUUCUAUUUCUGGACCUGCACAACAACCUCCUGAGAGGCCUCCCCAACACGUCGAUUUGUUCAGAAAUGCCAAAGCUGAACUGGUUGGAUCUUGAGGGGAACCAGCUUCACACUCUGCAAAGUUCCAGCUUCCGAGGAUGCAAUGAAGUCACUGUUCUGGUGCUGAACAGGAAUAAGAUUGAGCGGAUCCAGGCAGGGACUUUUUCCAACCUCAACAGCCUGGUGGAACUUGACUUGUCCUCCAACAGGCUGAAGGAUCUCCUGCCGUCAUCUUUCAAGGGUCUGCAUGAAUUGCAGCAGCUGAAUAUUUCAAAUAACCCUCUGCACCAGAUCUAUCCAGAUGAAUUUGACGAUGUCCCUCUCCUGCGCUCUCUGAGCUUGGAAGGACUGGAGAUCCCCAACAUUCACAGCCGCAUGUUUGAGAAGCUCACCGAUCUGCAUCACAUCUACUUCAAGAAGUUCCAGUAUUGCAGUUUUGCACCCCACGUCCGUAGCUGCAAGCCCAACACCGACGGCAUCUCCUCCUUUGAGAACCUCCUGGCCAGCGGCGUCCUCCGAGUCUUUGUCUGGGUCGUCGCCUUCAUCACCUGCUUGGGGAACCUCUUUGUCAUCCUCACCAGGUCCUUCAUCACCACGGAAAACAGCAACCACGCAUUGGCCAUCAAAUCUCUCUGCUGUGCCGACUGCCUGAUGGGCAUCUACCUCUUCUUCCUUGGAGCUUUUGACCUCAGGUUCUCGGGAGAGUACAACCAGCACGCGCAAGCCUGGAUGGCGAGUACAGCAUGCCAGCUGGUUGGCAGCCUGGCCAUGCUCUCCUCCGAAGUCUCGGUGUUCCAGCUGACCUACAUGACCCUGGAGAAAUCCUUCUCUGUCGUCUUCCCCUUCAGCCACCACAGGGCCAGCAAGAAGCGGACUCUCUCCACCCUGGCGGUCAUCUGGCUCCUGGGCUUCUCCCUGACUCUGGUGCCCUUUCUGUGCAAGGAGUCCUUCGGGACAUAUUACGGGAGGAACGGCGUGUGCUUUCCGCUCCAGUCCGACGGGACAGAGCGCCACGGGGCUCGGGUUUAUUCCACGGGGAUAUUCUUGGGUCUGAACCUGGUUGCCUUUGCCAUCAUUGUGCUGGCCUACGCGAGCAUGUUCUACUCCAUCCACACCACAGCAGCCAGGACAGGCGAGCGCAGCGCUGUCUCUGUGGAGGUGGCCCUAGCCAAGAGAUUCUUCUUCAUUGUUUUCACCAAUGCUCUUUGCUGGAUCCCCAUCUUCCUCCUCAAGCUGCUUUCGUUGCUGGACCUGGACAUUCCAGGCACUGUGACCUCUUGGGUGGUCAUCUUCAUCCUCCCCAUCAACAGCGCUCUGAACCCGAUCCUCUACACCAUCACCACCACCUCCUUCCAGGAGAAGCUCAAGCAGUGUCUUCAGAAAAACAAGCCAUCUCUGCAGGAUACGCAAGGGAAGAGCUUUGUCUUGUUAACCGUCCACAGCAGCACCUGACAUUUAGGCCUUGGGGGGGUUCUUAAAAGAUGUACAAGGACACUUGAGCAGGCUCCCCGUUUGUCCAAAGUGGCAGGGACUAGAAACUUUGACUGCAAGCAAAAGGGUCCACGUUCAUGCUCUCUUGCACCCCCUUCUUUUUUGCCCUAGAACAAUUCGGAGGUCUUCCUUGACUUCGCCAGGGGAUUUGCAGUCAAUAUUGCCAGCGGUGAUAUGCAGAAGAAAGUGCUCCAGGAGUCAGAUGAAUGGGACAGCAUCUGCCCAGUUUCUUGAAGAGAUCAGAUUCUGUGGGGAUUCCUUUGCCCUCCAGAGUGGAAAGCACAUUCGUCAUAUGACAAAAUGGUGGUGGGUGGACUCUCCUCCGUUGGAGGUUUUUAAAGAGGCUGGAUAAUAAUUUGUCAGGGAUUCUUUAGCAGUGAUCCCUGCUUUGCAGGGAGUUGGACUAGAUGACCCUUGGGUACCUUCCAACUUUACGAUUCUGUGAAAGGGGAGGUAUUUGCCCUUAUCGAAAAAGAGAAAUUAGGAAUCCGCUUUAGGCCAGUAUCUUCCUGUUCACCAUUCAGUGUCAGGACAGGGCGAAUUGAUGGAGCACCUCUGGAUUUAAUUCCACAUAUGGAGGGGGGAAAUUCAAAUUACUUUGGACUUUGUGUGUGUAGGUUUCAGGACUCUUUGAUUGUGAGAGACCUUUGGCUGGUACUAGAGCCUUCCUCUUAUUUCCUGCAAGCACCACUUCUAAGCAGGCUUAGAAAGCACCAUCACUGCAAAAAAGGCAAUUGUCCAUCAUUUGUCAGCUCACAGAAAUUCCAUCUUCCAUGUGACAACCCUUUGGAUCUUUGAAUAUAGCUAUCAUCUCUCUUCUCAGUCUCCUCUUUGCCAGGGCAGACAUACCCAAUUCUCUCAAUUCUCCCUCAUAAGGCUUGGUUUCCAGACCCCUGAUCAUCUUGGUCUCCCUCCUCUGCACACAUUCCAUCUUGUCAACAUCCUUCUAAAAUGGUGGUGUUAAUAAGGUAAUUCUCAUUGUCUGUAUUAUUAUUUUUUGCAUUUCAUUUCCACUUGACCUCACUUGACAAUUCCAUCCCACCGUGACUCAUAACUGCGCUUCACACACCCAACAAAGUGAUUCCUGCACUGCAGGGGGUUGGACUAGAUGACUUUUUGGACUUAUUCCAACUCUAUAAUUCUACGAAGUGGACCAUAAUCCGCAAACACUUAUUGCAAAAUAUGUUUCUUAAGACUUUAAGGCAACAUAAUACUCUUAUUUGGUUUUGCUGAUUAUUAUUUAUUACAUUUAUAUUUACGUAGAUACGCAUCUUUACGUAAAUAUGUAAAGAUUAUAUACCACCGUUAUCUUCCCAGGACCUCAAAGUUCUUCUUCACGCAGCAGUUAAAACCAUGGCACUCACUCCACCAGGAGGCAGUGAUGGCCAUCAACCUAGAUGGCUUUAGAAGAGGAUUAGACAAAUUCAUGGAGGAGAGGGCUAUUGAUGGCUAUUAGCCACUAUUUUGGAGGCAGCGAUGCUUCUUUAUACCAGUUCUGGGAAGCCUCAGGAGGAGAGUUUCGCUCUUGUGCUCAGGUACUGCUUGUGUGCUUCCCAUUGGGGAAUCUGGCCACUAUGAGGAUACAGGACUGCAUGGGCUCCAUAUACUAGCGCUAUUUUUAUGUUCUUAAAGCACGGAGGGGCAGGGAAGAGAGCAAGACAGGAACUGGAUACAAGUGCAUUUAUUCCAAAAGCUGCAAAAGCAGUUCUGUGAAGUGUCACGAUCUGAGCAGCCUGGGAAAGUGGGGGUGGGGGUGCGUGAAGACAAGGCAUGGCUGGACUCUUUCUUCCUUUCUGAGCUCCUUGUGAGCUCCCGGUGUGUGUGGCGCCUUCUGCACAUGCUCUACGGUACCCGAGGAGCUACAGUUUGCCUCGUCCGCAGCUGCCACUUGGGUAGAGGCUCUGCAGGGGGAAAGGCAGAUAGGGGAGAUGUAAGGGCGGAAGCAGCGCCAUCUUGAAAGAGGCUGUGCGGGCGAAGAGGAGGCCGGACUAGGAGGAAGGGCGGAAGCAGCGCCAUCUGGAUGAGGUGCCAGUCGCGAGGGGCUUCUUUGGAGAGGCAAUGUGAGCGAGUGGGAGCGGCGCCAUAUUGACGCUGAAGGCGUAGACGCCAUCUUCGGAGAGGCUCUGGGACCGGAAGCGGGGAGCAGAAAGGGCGGAAGCAGCGCUAUCUUGAUGCUGAAGUCGGCGCCGACAUCCUAAAUGAGGGUUGGCCGACUGCCCGCGCCCGCCAUCUUGUUUGGGGCCUUCUUCUUUGACAAUCUCCCACGCUUCAGGACGGGGUGGGUAGGAGGGAAAUAGCCUAAACCUGACCAACAAAGUGGUCUAAAACCUGCCACCCCGGGGCUGAGGUCCUUGCACUGGAGGCAGGCCGAUGUCCCCAUAUUCAGAAAGGGGAAAAAGGAGGACCUACCAUUCAGCUUGAUGUUGAUGCCAGAAAAGGUCCUAAAACAGAUCAUUAAACAGUGAUCUUAUGAGCACUUAGAAAAGGAUGCUGUGAUUACAGUGGUACCUCGGGUUACAGA